AGGAGACACGAAUAUCCAGUAUUAUGUUACCAAUGAGGAAUUGUUCAGUAUACUAUAUGAAACUCACACCAGAAUAGGCCACGGAGGAAGAACACGUAUGCUGAAAGAAUUGCAAGUUAAAUACAAAAAUAUUACGUAUGAAGUUGUCAUGUUGUAUUUAAAUUUAUGCAAACAGUGUCAAAUGAAACACAGUGCACCUAAGAAAGGUAUUGUUGUGAAACCAAUGGUCAGUUCUGAGUUAAACUCAAGAUGUCAAGUUGAUCUGAUAGAUCUACAGUCAAACAGCGAUGGCGAAUAUAAAUUCAUAAUGGUUUACCAAGAUCAUUUAACUAAGUUUGUCCAGCUACGACCUUUGAAAACUAAGAGAGCUGAAGAAGUAGCGCAUCACGUUCUUUCAAUAUUUUUAACAUUUGGUGCUCCAGCAAUAUUGCAAUCAGAUAAUGGUAGAGAAUUCAGUAAUCAAGUCAUAUCCGAACUAUGCGCUAUGUGGAAAGAUGUUAAGAUAGUCCAUGGAAAGCCUCGUCACAGUCAAACACAAGGCUCAGUUGAAAGGGCCAAUCAAGAUAUACAGAAUAUGCUAUCCGCAUGGAUGAACGAUAACGAUACAAAUAAAUGGUCAGAUGGUUUACCCUUUGUACAAUUUGCCAAGAACACUACAUACCACGAAGGAAUACGCCAAAGUCCUUAUGAAGCCAUGUUUGGCGUUAAGGCUAAAAGAGGCAUAGCAUCGUCUUUUUUGCCUAGCGAACUAAUCGCAAAUAUUGAAACCGAAGAACAACUCAAAGAAAUUGCCAAUACUUGUGAAACCGAAAAACAGCAUGAAGAAACUGUUGAUACUUCUGAAAAAAAUUUGUGCGGUGGUCUUUCGGAAAACCAUAUUUCAAGGAAAAAUAUUGAAGAGGACCUGCAUUCUACUACGUUUCCACAUCAAGCUCUAACUGGAAAACACGAGUUAAUUUCAAGAAAAAGAGCGGCCGCGAAAGAGAAUCUUGUACUGCAAGCAAACAAAAUGUUACGCACCUCACAAAAACAAUUUCCUCCUGCUCAAAUUGGCGAUAGUGUACGAAUACAAGUGCCUGAUGUCGACCGUGGUCGUACAGAUAGCCGAAAUGUGUUAGCGGUUGUUGUUGGGAUAGAAGACUCCGACUUCUAUAAACUGGCAAAUAAAAAUGGUACCCUCAAGCAGCUUUACACACCCCUGAAAAGAGGCCAGACUUCCCAUGAAUCGGAUGAAAACAAAGCGAAAAGUUCAACAUUUUUCAUCUGCAAUUCAUGGGUACACAUUCUCUCCAGGGCUGGAUUAAGGCAUGGGCUGGCGGGGCUGCAGCCCUGGGCCCUCGACCAGCUGGGGGGCCUCGCGCCAGCCCAGGUUGUCGUUAGUGUGACCACAUGUCCCGGAUUGCUGUGGCAGAGACUGGAGGCAGAGGACUUCUGGAAGCACCGUAAACCUAACCCUAAUUCUCCAGAUACUAAAUAA